AUGCUGAAACUGUGUCAAGCAGCAUUGGGGCCUCUUGCAGCCAUUCCUGAUCCCAAGGACCUGGAGGGAAUCCACUAUGAAUUUGUAUCCCCUGAUACCCCUGAUACCCCUGAUACCCCUGAUACCCCUCAUCACCCAGUCCUCUUUAUUCCAGGAUUUUUUGGCACUCAGCUGGAGACAAAGCUAACCAAUCGAGAGAAACCACACUGGUGGCUUCCCUGCAACUUGUGCCCCUCUACUACGUCAAAGUAUGAGAAAAUAUGGAUCAUUCAAAAUGCAGCCAUUACCCUUCUUCCUUACAUCAUUGAUUGCUAUGCCGAGACCAUGAUGCUCAAGUGGAAAUUUACUAGCAGCAGUGAUGGUGAUGGUGAUGGUAAUGGUAGUCCUCAGAAAAUGAACUACCAGCCGGGCAUUGAUACUCGUACAAGGCAUACCUUUCAGAGUGUCAUGGAACUAGAUCCCAAAACCCCCCUGUACACGUACUACGUCCAAUUCCUCACGGAAGCCUUUGGAUAUCAACCGGAUCAACAAAUGAUUGCUCAGGCGUUUGAUUGGAGAGCCGGACCCGAAACAUGGAUGCAGCCAGGACAAGAAUUUGAUCAAAUGAAGACAAAAAUUGAACAAGCUGUGCAUCGGAAUAAUGGGCGUGGCAUUGUCGUCAUGUCCAUCUCGGCAGGAGUUCCCUUCUUUGCUCUGUUUCUCAAUCAACGCGUCGACCAAGCCUGGAAAGACCGCCACAUUCAUGCCUUUUUUGCAGUAUCACCCGUGCUCUCGGGAACCGUCCUGGCACCCAUGCAAUAUCUGAGUCUGCAACACAAUAGCAUCUUUCCCGACUCGAUUCCUCAUUACGUGGUGGAAACACUGUCGCGCAUCAUUCGAACCACCUCGUCCGUCUCGUGGUUCUUUCCUCAUCCCGAUGCUUUCCACGACAAGCGACAAGCCAUCAUUACGACACCCACAAGAGAAUACCACGCGCACGAAUUGGACCAAGCAUUGCUGGAUGCCGGAUACGAGGAACAAACCAAAUUGUAUCACCACAAUCGACCAUACUACGGAGGCACCCACUUGGUCCCGGGCGUGACAACGUAUUGUCUGUCUGGCUAUGGUAUUCUGACCCCCGCAUCGUUGCGGUACGAGAGCCACGACAUGAGCGAUGCUCCCAAUGUCUCCGAGUGGGACGAUGGCGACAAUUGUGUUUUGGUGGAAAGUUUGCGGCAGUGCGAUGCCUGGGCCGAACAACAGGAGCAACCCGUUCACGUACAUCACUACUGGAAUCAAUCCCAUGCCGGACUCUUGUACCACCCCAUGGUCGUUGACAUGUUUAUGCAUAGUGUGGCGGGCGAUGAUUAUGAAGAUGGUACUGCUACCGGUACUGGUAGUUUGAGUAGUACUGGUGAUGAUGAUAUUACUAAUAGUGUGAGCACUGGUGGCAUGGCUGGGUCGAAGGCAACUUUGAAUUGA